AUGAUCACAUACACGAUAACAAACUUAAAUAUGAGUUAUAACCUUAGACAUGACUUGAGAAAUAUGAUGAAAGCCAUAGGUCUAACAACAGCUGGAGUUAGCACCAUUCUCAAGGUGACAAGCUUCAUGAUACAUCGUGGCUCUUUGAUACAUUAUCACCUGACGCUGAAUGAUCUUUUUGAGGAGGAACUAAUGCAAAAUGGAAAAAUCAGGAUGACAAUGUUUUCGCCUUUACGCACAAUGUACACAAUGGCAUAUACAUACUUCAUCGUUAUGACAGCAUUGAUCUUGAUAUAUUUUGCGCCUUCGUAUAUCAUCAUAAUUCGCCAUUUUCUUCUCCAUUUUCAUUUAACAACAAAUUAUACAUUGCCAUUGACUAAGGGACUUGGAUAUUUCUGGACAGUUCCCGAGAACUUUUUGUAUCAUUUUCAUCUGUUUUACGAGACAAGUAUGGUAAUACUCAGCUGUGCAACGGCGACCAGUGUUGACAGCAUGUUUGGCUUCUAUGUCUAUCAAUUCUCCUCGACGAUAAGAGCUAUGACUUUCAAACUCAUAAAUCCUCCGCUGACCGAGAAGUUUUCGAACCUGUUGAGGAUAUGUGUGGCAAAGCAUCAAAGGUUAUUGCAAUGUCGCCAAACGCUGGAGUAUGUCUAUGGACCUAUUAUUUUUUGGCAUAUUAUCAUCAACGCAGUGCAUCUUUGUGCUUUGAUAUACGACACAAUGCUAUUUGUGGACUUUAAUUUAUCCAACGCAUUAGCGUUUCUAUCAUUCGCUGCAGUAAAACUGAUUCAAACAUUUACAUACGCAUGGUAUGGCACUAUCCUCAUAAAUGCGGGAGAUGACUUUCGUAAAGGAAUAUACUUUGCUGAAUGGCCUAAUUCUAAUCUCGAUCAUCAUAUGAGAACAAACAUUAUUCUGAUGAUGAUGCAAAAACCUAUGACUAUAAACACAUUUUUUUCUCCAGUCGAUGUAAUCAUGUUCACGAAUUUCAUUAAUACUACAAUGUCCUAUUUCUUCCUGUUGCGUUCUGUCGUAUAA